CUCGGCCACCGUGUUGCAGGAAGCAACUGUCCUGCUGCGAAUAACAAACACAAACGCGUUGUUAUAAUCAUGGCUGAGUACUCACAUGUGAAAUCCACCAAACUGGUUCUGAAAGGCUUAAACGACAAGAAAAAAAGGAAAAAGAACAAGGACAAAAAGAGAAAACGAGACGAUGGACAGGACAAGCCGGACAUUGUUGGAGGAUGGUGGGCAGUGAAGAGUUUUGGUGAAAUCACAGGCACUGUGGCCAUUGAGAUGCAAAACAACUCUUACGUUCAUGCUUUGGACACUGGACUGUUCACAGUAGGAGCUCCACAUAAAGAGGAUGAGGGCCCAGAUCCCCCUGAACAGUUCACUGCUGUCAGACUUUCAGACUCCAGGAUAGCGCUGAAAUCAGGUUAUGGGAAGUAUUUAGGUAUAAACAUAGAUGGUGUUGUGAUUGGUCGAUCAGAUGCCAUCGGCUCCAGAGAGCAGUGGGAGCCAGUGUUUCAGGAUGGUAACUUGGCCUUGCUUGCUUCGAACAGCUGCUUCAUCUCAUACAGCGAGAACGGAGACAUAGUGGCCCAAAACAAGACAGCUGGAGAUGAUGAAAUGAUCAAGAUCCGGUCAUUUGCAGAAAAAGAUGUGAAGAAGAAGGAUGAUAUUGCAGAAGAGGACAUGGGUGAUGUCAAGAGCUGUGAGGUCAACUAUGUGAAGAAAUUUCAGAGUUUUCAGGAUCGGAAGCUGAGGGUGAAUGAGGGAGAAAGCGUCAUCCUGAAAAAUGCCAGGACAGAUGGAAAAUUUCACGAAACCCUGCUGGAUCGGAGAGCUAAAAUGAAAGCUGACCGAUACUGCAAGUGAAAACAGAAGAUACUUUGCAUUAAUGACAACUUUUUGCUUUUUUAUUUAAACCUAUUCACAGGAAAACAUGUUUUUAGUUUCUAAAAGAGUUUGCUGUUUUGAUCAGCCAUCAGUAUUUUACUUGACAUUUGUUUCAUUUUCCAUAUUAAAAAGAUUUACAAAUAUGAAGAGAACUUU